AUGGAGGGGCACGCGUUCCGGGCCCGGCCGUGCUGGCCGCCCGCGGCCGCCUUUGCCGCAGCAGCGGCCAGCAGCAGCAGUAGCAGCAGCAGCAAGACGCCCGCGGAGCAGGGGCCGAGCGGCGGCACGGCAGCCGGCGAGGGGCCCCCGCCGGUGCGGCGGAUCAUCCUCCUGCGCCACGCGGACAGCGAAGCCAGCUCCUCGACCCGCGACCACGAGCGGCCGAUCAGCUUGGACGGGCGGCGGGAGGCCAGGAGCAUCGCGCGACGCCUGCGGGAGCUGGGGUGGGCGCCCGACCUCAUUAUCGCCAGCAACUCGCGGCGCACCAAGAUGACGCUCGACGUAAUGGCGGAGGCGGACGACCGGCUGGCAGAGGUCGACGCACACUAUCUAGGGAGCUUGUACACCGUGGCCGCCUUGGACGGCCAGACGCGCUCCCACCUAGAGGAGUGCAUCCGCGGCGUUGCCUGCGACACCGCAAACUUUUGCGUCAUGUGUGUCGGGCACAACAAGGGCUGGGAGGAGGCCGCCAGCAGCUUUGCCAAGCAGGCUGUGCGACUGCACACCGCGAGCGCGGCGUUGUUUGAGGCGGUCGGGCGCACGUGGUCGGACGCGACCCACCCGGAGGUCGAGUGGCGGCUGGUGCAGGUGGUGACGCCGUGA